AUAGAACUAAUAUAUUUAAUAAAUUUGAUUGCUAUAUUUUUGGCUAUGUACCCAUUGCUAUUGCUGCUUUUGGUUCAUUGGGGCACCGCUCUGCCUGUGGAUCAUGCCAACGAACGUUUGAUAUCCUAUUUGCGAGUAAAUGAAUCCCACAUCGAAGGCGCGCUGACCAGACUGCAGCGUUUUUAUGGCCAGAAUCGUGUGCAUAUCUAUUGCAGACGCGAUGAGCCGCUGGAGCUGCGCAACAUAUUCCAAAGCAAUCGCCUGAGAUUGUUAAUGAUGCAGCCGAAUGCGGAGUUUAAACAAUAUAGAGCGGCUACAGCUCAGGGCGUUUAUCGUGCCCAUGAGCAAGGACGCGAAUGCCACGAGGGCAAAUUGCUGGCGGCGGCUACAAAGCGGAUGCACUACAUCUCGCUGCCGGCGCAUGCUCAUGCCUGCUAUGGCAUCUACACCCAGCAGGCUUUCAAUCUAACGCUGCUGCAGCUGCAGUUGGAUGAGGAGCGCGUGGCGCAGUUCGUUCUAGGACUUGUGCUUUGGUUUGCAGCCCCUCUGUGCGGCCAGUACUUGAUGUGCUGCUACUGCGUUGCCGUUGUGCUGGGCGUGCAUUUGGCCAGUCUGGUGGUCGUCUUCAUGGCCGUGCUCUGCGCUGGCGAGCUGCGCCUCAAUAGUCUGCGGCCAAUGGGCGGCAAUUUGAAGCUCGUGCUGGAGCGGCAGCCCUCGCUGGUGGCGCUAACUUUAGUCGCCGGCGCUUUGCUGCUGCUGCGUCUCUGCGAGCGUCACUGCCGCUUGUGGCGUCACGAGCGUGUGCGUCGUGCUCAUUGCCGGCUGCUGCGCUUUUUCUCCUAUGCCUUGAUCUAUGGCGCCUCGGAUCAUGCGCGCUUUGGCUACUUUUGCAUUGCCAUGCUGUUGCCUUGGCCUGAGCUUUGGUGGCUGCUCCGCUGGCUGCGGCUGCAGGGCAAGUGGCUGCAGCGUAGAGUGCUGCCGCCCCAAACGCGUCGCCUGCUCAGUGCGGUUGAGUUUCACAACCAAGUGGGCUAUGAAACGCAAUGCGCGCUGCUUGAUCUGCGCCAGCGUCUGCGCAAUGAACCGCCCAGCUGGGAGCAGAUGGCUCAAAUGCAGCAGCCACGUGAGUUUGCGCAGUUUCUCAAUGGCGCCAAUCAUGUGCCACAGUCGGAGCCACCAGCGCCAGCGCCAGCUGAGGCGACUCACUACAGCAGCUCUACUCUCUCUAGCUCCAGCUCCAGUCUACUGGAGGACUCUACACCCUCGGCUGAUUUAAUAUUUCGCAAUUUCAACUAUAUGGACUCCGCACGCAGCUUGCGACGACGCCCCACCCCAUCACCACCCUCAAGUCGAAACUAGCAAUGAGAGUCACAGCAAGAGUGGAAAUUGGACUGGCACAAAUCGUAGUUACAACUUGCCUGACAGCUGCUUGAUUAGAGACUAACUAAAGUGAAGCCAGUGCCAUCAACUUUGAUUACAGUGAUGCUCAACUCUAAAGAAUUGAGCGUAGCAAGCUCUGAUUAGUUUAGUUGCUUUGCCUUUUUUUAGUUUAAAUCAUUAUUUUAAGCAUUUUAUGUUAUUUGACAAUUUAAAA